AUGGCAGGAAACUUUUUGCUAAGUAUUUCCAUAAUGAACUAUGUUUUUAUGGUUUAUUUGAAAAUACGUGAGCUCAGGCAGUUGUUCAAGCCUCCAUCCAAGACAUACCUUAGGCUGGCUACAAUGGAUCAGAUAAAAAAGACCAAGGAAUACAAUAGAGACAAGCUAUUUAUGUCCGUUUUCGAGCUCACAAUUCUUCUUGGGAGGGAUAUAUAUCUGAUCAAGAAAGGAGUGUUGGAGGAGGUGUACAGCAUCAAAUACUUUAUGAAUAGUUACUAUGGGGAUACAUUGUUCUUGCUAGGAUUCGCCCACUUCCAAAGACUCUUUGACCUUCCUUUGGAUCUAAUUUCCACAUUUUACAUUGAGGCAAAACAUGGAUUCAACAAAACCACAUUUCCAACAUUUCUAUUGGACUUCGUGAAGAUGACGGCUAUAAUCACUGUUAUAUUUGCUCCUUUUUCACAUAUUGUAAUGAGCAUUAUUCGGAAAUACCAGAAAACAUUCUUCUGCAUCUAUCUAUGGAUUUUCAUAGCCAUUUUCCAGAUAGUCCUUGUUAUUAUAUAUCCGAUUGCCAUUCAGCCUAUAUUUAAUAAGUUUGAGGAGAUGGAAGAAUCGGAUCUUAAGACGAAGAUCCAAGAAUUGGCAGAAAAGGUUGGGUUUCGUGCCAAUAAGAUACUGAUUAUGGACGCCUCGAAGAGAUCUGGCCAUUCGAAUGCCUACUUCAUAGGAAUUACUAAGGAAAAAAGGAUUGUUCUGUACGACACUUUGCUAAAACAGGCAAAUGAAGAGGAGGUUCUUGCCAUUCUGUGCCACGAAUUUGGGCAUUGGAAGCAUAGCCAUGUCAUUAAGAUGGCAUCUAUGGUUCUUUUGAUUCAGCUAUUUUACUUGUUCAUAUUGAAUGUUUUGAUGAACUCCCGUUCCUUUGGGAACUUCAUACUUGGGAAGGAUUUGCCACUGCUUAUAAGGUGUGUUUAUUUCCUCAUGAUAAUCGGAGCUCUCAGCGUUCCUAUAGACAUGAUAAAAAACUCUGUUUCGAGAUACUUUGAAAGACAAGCAGAUAGGUUUUCUGUGUCCCUUGGUUAUGGAAAGGAGCUUUCAUCAGGGCUUAUCAAGCUUUUUGAAAAGAAUAGUAGUAAUAUGGAUCCUGAUCCGCUUUAUUCAGCUGUAAUGCACACACAUCCCACUUUGAUUGAAAGAAUCAACCUGAUUGAAGGCGAGAUGAAUAAAAUCAAGUAA